AUGGACGACAAAAAGAACGAAGACUAUGCCAUUGAGAUGGGCGACGUGAAAGGACGGUCGUCGCCGUCCUCGAGAGACCCUUUCCUUGCAAGGGCAAGAUCCGACAAAAUCGCGCCGCCCGCAGCAAUUUCUAGCAUCACAAAUAGCCCCCCUAUCUCGAUUUUGGCAUACUGUUUGGCAUCGAUAUCUAUGACAGUGACGAACAAGUAUUGUGUCUCUGGAGCCAACUGGAAUCUGAACUUCUUCUAUCUGGCCGUUCAAGCAACUUGCAAACAGGUGGGUAUGAUCACGAACUUGGCGCCGUUCGACUCGAAGAAAGCAAAGACAUGGUUCCCAAUCUCUCUCCUCCUUGUUGGCAUGAUCUAUACGAGCACUAAAGCGCUCCAAUUUCUCUCUGUUCCCGUCUACACCAUCUUCAAGAACUUGACUAUCAUUGUUAUUGCAUAUGGCGAGGUAUUGUGGUUCGGUGGUAGCGUCACUGCAUCAGCUCUCUUCUCCUUUGGACUCAUGGUUAUGAGCUCCGUGGUGGCAGCUUGGGCAGAUAUCCAGCAUGCGUUGUACGGAAACCCAGAGGCUGCAUCUUCAGAAGCUGCUGCGGCGCUCUCUACCUUGAAUGCGGGAUAUAUGUGGAUGGGGUUGAACGUCUUUUGUACUGCCGCAUAUGUCCUUUCUAUGCGCAAGGUCAUCAAAAAGAUGAACUUCAAGGAUUGGGACACCAUGUUCUACAACAACCUGCUUACCAUCCCGGUCCUCAUCCUCUGCUCCCUCAUCUUCGAGAACUGGUCCUCUGAGAACGUGGCCCUAAACUUUCCACUCGAGUCGAGAAACAAGCUUAUCACGGGUUUCAUUUACUCUGGUCUUGCCACUAUUUUCAUCUCUUACUGCUCAGCCUGGUGUAUUCGUGUUACUUCUUCGACUACCUAUUCCAUGGUCGGAGCUCUCAACAAGCUUCCUAUCGCAGUCAGUGGACUUGUAUUCUUCGCAGCACCCGUUACCUUUGGCAGUGUGUCCGCUAUUAUCAUUGGGUUCGUUAGUGGUAUUGUCUACGCCUGGGCGAAGGUUAGGCAAUCACAGAUGAGCAAGAUGACGCUACCUACACAACAACCCGUGAUGAGUGCCAGUUCGCAGAGCAACCGCGAUGCAAGCUCGUAG